AUUAAGGUACGCAACUCAACCAUCCACCUGACACUACAGUAUAUUUUAAAGUUCUGGCAAAGCACCAGCCAGCAAUUGCUGACAUUUGAGAAAUAAAGACGUUUGAAAUUUUCAUAAAAUGUUGGGUCUGGCUGUGUGUCUGAUGAUGUUUACCAGCUCUACCGCAGAAUUUGUGAUGUUUGCUGACUAUGGCACAGGCAAGAUCUACCAAAUUUCAUUGGACAGCGUUGAUGUAAAACCAACUGCAAUUCCAUUUGAUGAAAACACCAAAAUGUUGAGCCCCGUGGCGUUGGAUUAUGACUGGGUUGAAGAUCGUGUGUACUGGACGGAUGAAAUCCUUCAAAUCAUCUGUAGAGCAUUCAGAAAUGGAACAGGAUUCGAGGUGUUGAUCAAUGAUUUUGGUGCGGCAGAUGGUCUGACCAUAGAUCCUGCUGGUCGCCAGUUAUAUUGGACCAGCACAACAAACAAUACUGUUGAAACUUCUAAGCUGGAUGGUUCGUUUAGGAGGACUUUAGUCCGGUGGAAUUUAGAUAGACCACGGGAUAUUAUUGUGGAUCCAAUUGAUGGUUAUAUGUACUGGACUGAUUGGGGAAAGUUUCCAAGAAUCGAGCGUGCCUACAUGAACGGAGAAAACAGAAUGGACCUUGUAAACCACACUCUUUACUGGCCAAAUGGACUCACCAUUGAUCAUGUUUAUAAUAAGUUGUAUUGGGUCGAUGCUCAUGAAGAUAAUAUUGAAGCAAUGGACCUCGACACGCUCGAACGAAAGGUUAUCUUGAACCAGAAAAUCAUUUUGUUUGGCUUCUUGUUUGGUCUUACAACCGAAGUGAACCACCCCUAUGGCUUGACAUCGUUAAAUGAUCAUCUGUACUGGACAGACUGGAAUACUGACUCUGUAUAUCGUGGUGACGUAAAUACUGCGGCAAACAUAAGAGUAAUGGCGACUAACCUGGGCAAACCAAUGGAUAUACAUGCAUAUAGUUCCAUACCAAAACAACAAAAACGACUACACUACACAUUUUCGUUCCCACAACGUGGCAGCAAUUUCACAUGCAUCUCAUCUUUAUCAUGUCCUGUUAUCAAUGCACCUCCAUCAUGUCCGCCAGGAUACUCACAUGUGCGAGAGAACUCAAAAUGUGGGUUGAAUUGUCGAGAUAUCGUGGGUUACACGUGGCGAUGCCCGUGCAAUGACUGGAUGUCGUGUGCUGUGAAAGAAAGAUACUUGUGGGGCUGUGCUGCUGGUUUUCACAGCAGUUUCAGGGUUCGAGAGUGUGUCCAAGAUGUAAAAGCUGGACGCUGUCCUUAUGGUGGAGGCAAAGGAACAUCGUGUGUCAGUGACUCAGAUUGCCCGAGUAAUGAUAAAUGUUGUGACUCGAAGUGUGCAACACCAGCAACAAUAGCCGCUCAUCCAUGCCAGACAAACAACGGUGGUUGUGACCAGCUGUGUUUCGGGAUUCCUGGUGGACACAAAUGUGGUUGUAAAAAUGGUUAUUACUAUAACGAAACUCAAUCUAGGUGUAUUUCCUCCACAAGACCUCUAAUAAAACCACCGACUCCUCCUCCUAGACCUUGCAAGCCACAUCCAGCACCAGAAAAUGGCUCAGUGACCUGUGAGACUGUAGAUGGACAAGUUCCUGAAUAUAAAGAGUGUAAUUUCUCAUGUGAUCCAGGAUAUGGCUUAGCUGGUUUUAGUUUUAGUAAAUGCAUUGGUGGUGAAUGGAUUGAUAAAGCACCAACAUGUCAACCUAUACCCCAACCUCCACGUAUGCAUUGUCCUAAUGACACAACGUUUCCAACAAACCAAGGAAAAGCUUAUGCAAUUGUUAAUUGGAAAGUUCCCACGGCAACAGACAAGGAUGGGACAAGUCUCCCUGUUCAAAUCUACCCAAGUUACUACACCCCUCCGGCUAAUCUCAGUAUUGGGAGGCAUUCGAUUCGCGUCAGUGCGACAGACAAAGAUGGACAAUAUGUUCAAUGCUCUUUCUUUAUAACAGUCGAAGAUCGUGAACCCCCGUCAUUUGGCUCAACUUGUCUGUCCAACAUUCAACUAUACACAGAUAAAGACGACAGCAUCCGCCUGCCUUCUUUCUUCAAAGAACCAACAGCUACAGAUAAUGUCAAACCACCUUCUGUUCACACUUCAGGCUUUCCCUUUGACUCAUUCUUUCCUAUUGGUACAACAGUGGUCAAAUAUACUGCAACAGACGAUGCUGGAUUAACCGCAACUUGUACCUUUAGUGUCACUGUUGUUAACGUGUGCAGUGGUGUCACGUGUACUUACGGCGCAAAAUGUCUUUUGGACCAAACAACAAAAUCUUCGCACCUGUGUGCCUGCAGUACUUCCUGCCCGCAGUAUUAUGACCCUGUUUGCGGGUCGGACGGUCAGGACUACAACAAUGAAUGUCUUCUAAAUGUCACCGUUUGCACGUUACGUAGAACAAUCACAGUCGUGAAAAAAGGAAAGUGUGAGAAAGCAAAGCCUCGUAUGCAUUGUCCAAAUGACACAACGUUUCCAACAAACCAAGGAAAAGCUUAUGCAAUUGUUAAUUGGAAAGUUCCCACGGCAACAGACAAGGAUGGGACAAGUCUCCCUGUUCAAAUCUACCCAAGUUACUACACCCCUCCGGCUAAUCUCAGUAUUGGGAGGCAUUCGAUUCGCAUCAAUGCAACAGACAAAGAUGGAGGAUAUGUUCAAUGCUCUUUCUAUAUAACAGUCGAAGAUCGUGAACCCCCGUCAUUUGGCUCAACUUGCCCGUCCAACAUUCAACUAUACACAGAUAAUGACGACAGCAUUCGCCUGCCUUCUUCCUUCAAAGAACCAACAGCUACAGAUAAUGUCAAACCACCUUCUGUUCACAGUUCAGGCUUUCCCUCUGACUCAUUCUUUCCUAUUGGUACAACAGUGGUCAAAUAUACUGCAACAGACGAUGCUGGAUUAACCGCAACUUGUACUUUUAGUGUCACUGUUGUUAACGUGUGCAGUGGUGUCACGUGUAAUUACGGCGCAAAAUGUCUUUUGGACCAAACAACAAAAUCUUCGCACCUGUGUGCCUGCAGUACUUCCUGCCCAAAGAAUUACGACCCUGUUUGCGGGUCGGACGGUCAGGACUACAACAAUGAAUGUCUUCUAAAUGUCACCGUUUGCACGUCACGAAGAACAAUCACGGUCGUGAAAAAAGGAAAAUGUGAAAAGGCAAAGCCCCGUAUGCAUUGUCCUAAUGACACAACGUUUCCAACAAACCAAGGAAAAGCUUAUGCAAUUGUUAAUUGGAAGAUUCCCACGGCAACAGACAAGGAUGGGACAAGUCUCCCUGUUCAAAUCUACCCAAGUUACUACAGGAAUCUCAGUAUUGGGAGCAUUCAUUCGAUUCGCGUCAGUGCGACAGACAAAGAUGGAGGAUAUGUUCAAUGCUCUUUCUAUAUAACAGUCGAAGAUCGUGAACCCCCGUCAUUUGGCUCAACCUGUCCGUCCAACAUUCAACUAUACACAGAUAAUGACGACAGCAUUCGCCUGCCUUCUUCCUUCAAAGAACCAACAGCUACAGAUAAUGCCAAACCACCUUCUGUUCACAGUUCAGGCUUUCCCUCUGACUCAUUCUUUCCUAUUGGUACAACAGUGGUCAAAUAUACUGCAACAGACGAUGCUGGAUUAACCGCAACUUGUACUUUUAGUGUCACUGUUGUUAACGUGUGCAGUGGUGUCACGUGUAAUUACGGCGCAAAAUGUCUUUUGGACCAAACAACAAAAUCUUCGCACCUGUGUGCCUGCAGUACUUCCUGCCCAAAGAAUUACGACCCUGUUUGCGGGUCGGACGGUCAGGACUACAACAAUGAAUGUCUUCUAAAUGUCACCGUUUGCACGUCACGAAGAACAAUCACGGUCGUGAAAAAAGGAAAAUGUGAAAAGGCAAAGCCCCGUAUGCAUUGUCCUAAUGACACAACGUUUCCAACAAACCAAGGAAAAGCUUAUGCAAUUGUUAAUUGGAAGAUUCCCACGGCAACAGACAAGGAUGGGACAAAUCUCCCUGUUCAAAUCUAUCCAAGUUACUACACCCCUCCCGCUAAUCUCAGUAUUGGGAGGCAUUCGAUUCGCGUCAGUGCGACAGACAAAGAUGGAGAAUAUGUUCAAUGCUCUUUCUAUAUAACAGUCGAAGAUCGUGAACCCCCGUCAUUUGGCUCAACUUGCCCGUCCAACAUUCAACUAUACACAGAUAAUGACGACAGCAUUCGCCUGCCUUCUUCCUUCAAAGAACCAACAGCUACAGAUAAUGUCAAACCACCUUCUGUUCACAGUUCAGGCUUUCCCUCUGACUCAUUCUUUCCUAUUGGUACAACAGUGGUCAAAUAUACUGCAACAGACGAUGCUGGAUUAACCGCAACUUGUACUUUUAGUGUCACUGUUGUUAACGUGUGCAGUGGUGUCACGUGUACUUACGGCGCAAAAUGUCUUUUGGACCAAACAACAAAAUCUUCACACCUGUGUGCCUGCAGUACUUCCUGCCCGCAGUAUUCUGACCCUGUUUGCGGGUCGGACGGUCAGGACUACAACAAUGAAUGUCUUCUAAAUGUCACCGUUUGCACGUCACGUAGAACAAUCACGGUCGUGAAAAGAGGAAUAUGUGAAAAAGCAAAGCCCCGUAUGCAUUGUCCAAAUGACACAACGUUUCCAACAAACCAAGGAAAAGCUUAUGCAAUUGUAAAUUGGAAAGUUCCCACGGCAACAGACAAGGAUGGGACAAGUCUCCCUGUUCAAAUCUACCCAAGUUACUACACCCCUCCCGCUAAUCUCAGUAUUGGGAGGCAUUCGAUUCGCGUCAGUGCGACAGACAAAGAUGGAGAAUAUGUUCAAUGUUCUUUCUAUAUAACAGUCGAAGAUCGUGAACCCCCGUCAUUUGGCUCAACUUGUCCGUCCAACAUUCAACUAUACACAGAUAAAGACGACAGCAUCCGCCUGCCUUCUUCCUUCAAAGAACCAACAGCUACAGAUAAUGUCAAACCACCUUCUGUUCACAGUUCAGGCUUUCCCUCUGACUCAUUCUUUCCUAUUGGUACAACAGUGGUCAAAUAUACUGCAACAGACGAUGCUGGAUUAACCGCAACUUGUACUUUUAGUGUCACUGUUGUUAACGUGUGCAGUGGUGUCACGUGUAAUUACGGCGCAAAAUGUCUUUUGGACCAAACAACAAAAUCUUCGCACCUGUGUGCCUGCAGUACUUCCUGCCCAAAGAAUUACGACCCUGUUUGCGGGUCGGACGGUCAGGACUACAACAAUGAAUGUCUUCUAAAUGUCACCGUUUGCACGUCACGAAGAACAAUCACGGUCGUGAAAAAAGGAAAAUGUGAAAAGGAUAAUGACGACAGCAUUCGCCUGCCUUCUUCCUUCAAAGAACCAACAGCUACAGAUAAUGCCAAACCACCUUCUGUUCACAGUUCAGGCUUUCCCUCUGACUCAUUCUUUCCUAUUGGUACAACAGUGGUCAAAUAUACUGCAACAGACGAUGCUGGAUUAACCGCAACUUGUACUUUUAGUGUCACUGUUGUUAGUAAUACUUCCUGCCCAAAGAAUUACGACCCUGUUUGCGGGUCGGACGGUCAGGACUACAACAAUGAAUGUCUUCUAAAUGUCACCGUUUGCACGUCACGAAGAACAAUCACGGUCGUGAAAAAAGGAAAAUGUGAAAAGGCAAAGCCCCGUAUGCAUUGUCCAAAUGACACAACGUUUCCAACAAACCAAGGAAAAGCUUAUGCAAUUGUAAAUUGGAAGUUCCCACGGCAACAGACAAGGAUGGGACAAGUCUCCCUGUUCAAAUCUACCAAGUUACUACACCCUCCCGCUAAUCUCAUCGAAGAUCGUGAACCCCCGUCAUUUGGCUCAACUUGUCCGUCCAACAUUCAACUAUACACAGAUAAAGACGACAGCAUCCGCCUGCCUUCUUCCUUCAAAGAACCAACAGCUACAGAUAAUAUCAAACCACCUUCUGUUCACAGUUCAGGCUUUCCCUUUGACUCAUUCUUUCCUAUUGGUACAACAGUGGUCAAAUAUACUGCAACAGACGACGCUGGAUUAACCGCAACUUGUACUUUUAGUGUCACUGUUGUUAACGUGUGCAGUGGUGUCACGUGUACUUACGGCGCAAAAUGUCUUUUGGACCAAACAACAAAAUCUUCGCACCUGUGUGCCUGCAGCACUUCCUGCCCGCAGUAUUACGACCCUGUUUGCGGGUCGGACGGUCAGGACUACAACAAUGAAUGUCUUCUAAAUGUCACCGUUUGCACGUCAAAAAGAAUAAUCACGGUCGUGAAAGAAGGAAAGUGCGAGAAAGGUGAAAGUUGCGACAAGAAGAAGUGUACUCACGGAGCAAUUUGCAGAGUAAGAAACGAAAAAGCGGAGUGCUCUUGUGAUUUGUCAUGCAGUGAUACUUUAGAUCCUGUUUGUGGUUCUGAUGGAAAGAACUAUGAAAACAAAUGCAAGAUGAAUGAAACUGCGUGCAAUGAAAAGAAUAUUAUUACUAUGCUAAAGAGAGGAAAAUGUGGCUGUGAUGACCUCAACUUAAGUUCGGAAUCUUUCACCCGCUCGAGCACAAUGCAAUGUCAAGACAAGGAUAAUUCCGUACAGUGUGAAGUCAAAUGUAAAAGUGGAUAUAAUGCAGUUUUCAACGAUUUCUUGAAGUUACAAUGUUAUGAGAAGCAGUGGAUAAGAGGAAACAACGCUGGGACAUAUGUCACACUUGCGGACGUGAAUAAUCCUCCGACAUGCUACAAAUCAACAAUCAAAGGGGUUCAAUCCCCAUACUGUCCUGAUGGUUCGAUGGCAUUGUCAUUAGGCAAAGACAUUUGUGUGAAAUGCCCUCGAGGCAGUUACUACGAUAAAAGCAAAGUCAAUGGGAAGUGUGAACCAUGUCCAGUGACUGAGUAUCAAGAUUCAGCAGGACAAACUUCUUGCAAGAAAUGUGGAUCCACGAAAACUUCGACUACAACAGGAGCUGAGAAUUGUUACUUUGAUUAUGGUAAUUCUGUUGUUACAAUGGAGUUUGGUGUAAAAUUAUCAGAAGUUUCAAAAGAUAAGAUUCGCAGUAUUAUCGCUAAGGCCCUGACGAAGGUUUGCAAAACUGUAUCAUGUUCUUACGAACAAACGACGAAAAGACGAAAAAAACGUGAGAGUGAAGCGUACGAAUUUAAAGCUGAACAUGUUAUUGUUGUGAAUAUGAAAGAAAAAGACCAGAAGACAGAAGUCGAAUUUUUGCUUCUUGAUCCAAAACCAGGCUCACAUCUACCUGAAGCUUUCACGACCCAAAAUCUCAAAACUUUGACAAAAGAAAUACCAGAAAAAGAUCUCGUAUAUCCAGUCAGUGAUAACGAAGCCUCUACUCAAGAGAAUUCGACCUCAAAAACCCCAAUAAUAGCUGGUUCUAUUGGCGCUUUUAUUGCAGUGAUUUUUCUUGUAUUUUCUAUGUGGAUGUAUAGACGUCACAAGAAUAAGAGCCGGAUUCCCCCCGGACAGUUUGAUCAAGGAAGAACGCCGAUCAGUCGGUCACCAGAACAACAUGUGUCAGACCACAUCUAUGAAACCCCUCAUGACUUUCAAAUGAACAUUCUUCAGCCAGGCCAAGAGAAUUUGUCAGGAUUGUAUGGUAGAAACCAAGUCAUAUCUUCACCAUUCUACGAAAGUUCUCCAGUACACCAGCCCACUAGCGAGAAUGCGUCUUGUCAUGUCUACGAACUCCCGGAUACUGACCUGGAUGAUGGAUUGUACGUGUCCAAGGAUGCAGUGGUUAAUCUGAACACCCAAAAGCAAGUAGUUGGGGUCACACCCAAGACGGUAGGGAACUGGAAUCGAAGGUCACGACCUAACGACUACCAGAUUCCUGAAAUACACUCAUUUCAACGCACCCCGGAUCCCCGGUAUCUGUUGAGCUUCGAUCAGCCUCCUCCAAAUUCACAUUAUGUUGUUUCAAAUGAAACACCGCCCUUCGUUUUACCAAACGCCCCUCGGAGAUCGAAUAGGGGCCCUCCCGUUGACCACCAAGGACGCUUCGUGUACCAAAGGGUUGGUGACGCCACGAGAGGACAAACUGAAACCUAGGAAGGUCAUAUGACGCAUUCCUCCGAUCUGGUUGGAUAUUCAGUAACGUUGAUUUUCAAUAAAAACCAUUCGUAUAUAUUUCAGUCAUUUUUUUACAUAAAAUUCUAGCACAUACAAUGUAUCGUACAUUAGCGCCUUGUAUUCUUUUAACCUUAAAGAAGACUUUUUAGGAAAUAAACAGGAGCAGAAACAAUGUAAUCUGCCACUAGAAACAUUAGGACCAUUUAUACCAGGAAAAAAAGGCGGCGUCUUAGAUAAGACGCGUCCUGUAUUUAAGUCGCGACUUAGAUAAGAACAGGGAUUUUACUUGUUCUUAUUCAGAUGCGUCUUAAUUAAAUUUUAAAAAAACAACGCAUGCGUGAACACGGGCGAAAAAGUCAGAAAUCAAAAUGGUGGAAAAAACAAGCAAAGCUGACACCAUAUAGAAGAGAUAUGUGAAGUGGCAACAACAUUAAAUACGGAAUUAGGACGCGAAAUAUUUAUACCAGCUUGCGUCUUAUUUAAGUCGCGUCUUAAAUAAGUCGCGACUUAUUUUGCCUAGUAUAUAAAUAGCCCUAUUGUUCCUAUGAUAUGUAAACAUGAAUUUAUGAAUGUACACCUUCGCGAUCUAUAGCUACGACUCUGAACACUCCUCAUAUUCGUUUAACUGCAUCACGAUAAUGAAUAAGAAAUGCAACCGUUAGCAUUCACAGUUUUGCUGCAUUUUGGUAAACUUGGUCUCCAUAAUAUUUUAUAAAUGAUUAAUCUAUGACAUUCAGUUUCUUAA